UGGAGUAGAAUCAGUCGGUUCAGCGCAUCUCGCUCGACUUCCUACUUCUCAGUUUGUGCUGGACCGUGCCAUUUGGAUGUCGUUUCGUUGAGUGUUCCAAAGUGGAUAUGACUCUGUGGAGAUUUUUCCCUCUACUCGCCCUGCUGUUGGCACGCUCGUCAGCCAUAAUCCACGACUGCAACCACUUCCACAACGGGGUGUACACGAUCCGGUUCUGUGCGUUCAGCAACGUCACGGUGACGCACGAUGCCGAGGAGAUCGUGUUCCGGUCCGAGUAUCCGAGGCCGUACUUUUUCGAGUUUCUCGACUCGCAGCUGACGGAGAUGCCGCGCAUCAUGUUCACGCUGUUCCCGGAGAUGCAGAACCUGGACGUGGCCGGGAGUCAGGUGGAGAACGUGAACAAGUACACGUUCGAGCACGCCAAGGAGUUGCGCUAUCUGAACAUGUCUGGCAACCGACUGACGGUGCUGAACAACUUCAUCUUCAAGGGGUGCGACAAGCUGGUUCGGUUGGACGUGUCGAGCAAUCGGAUUUCCGAGGUGAAGGAGAAGGCACUGGUUGAUGCUCCGAAGCUGGAUCACCUGGAUUUGUCGCACAACUUGCUGCACGAGUUGGACGAACGAUUGUUCUCCCAGCUAACUCUGUUGACGUACGUUUCGUUGGCUCACAAUCGGUUGCAGGUACUGCACGAUGACCUGUUUGUGAACUGUUCGAUGCUUGCGUAUUUGGAUCUCAAAGGAAACCAGAUUGAAGUGCUCAGUGAUAACUUCCUGAACAAUUUACCAUUUUUGAGGACGCUGGUCGUGGAAAACAACAAGUUGAAAUCACUUAAAAUCCCCCCUCAACUAACGAAAUUAUUUGCAUCUUUCAACAAAAUCACUUCAGUUUACCCUGAAAACACUGAAAAGUCUCAGCUGUACUCGCUAACAUUGUCGAACAACAAUUUGAACAGCAUCCAGAACAUCUCCAAUCUCGAAGGCCUCACAAUCCUCGACGUUUCCUUCAACGCCAUCGGACCACUCAACCUCACAACCUUCCUCAAGAUGAAGAAGCUCACCGAUUUGAACCUGGAAGCUACCAAACUCAACACCCUCGAGCACGGACUCUUCUCCCAACAAACCAAACUCCGCCGCCUAGACAUCUCCUACAACUUCCUCCGCACGCUGGACAUCACCGUCCUGACAGCCACCUCAAACCUCGAGAAGCUGUUCAUCGACGGCAACAACCUGGUCGACAUCAACUACGACCACAUCCCAGAACUCUUCCCGAACCUCACCUACCUCGGUCUGUUCUCCAACGUGUGGAACUGCUCCUACCUCACCACCCUCGUCAGAUUCUGCAACCGCCACAAGAUCGCCCUCUCAACCUCCAAAUCCUACGGCGAAAUGUCCCACCUGACCAACGUCCAGGGCAUCUACUGCGCCAGCUCGGACAAGGAGCGCAUCUACUUCCGUCCCGAAUCGGCCGUCGCCCACACCGAUGACCGUCUCAACCGCGACGAGGACGACCAGCUGAACCUCCUCGUAGCGAACAUGACCUCCACCCAGUACGAGUACAAACUGAUGCUGGAACUGCUGGACAUGAUCCGGCAGGUCAACGCCACCAACCGCGAACGACUGGACGAGGUCCGGAAGAUGGCGCUGCGAGCGGAACCCGAAGGUUGUGGAGAGUACGGAGCGCACGCGGCAGGUUUUCAGGUGUUUAUCAUGCUCAUUUUGACGGUUAUUCUGGUGAUCAACGUGGGCUUCAUGCUGUACGUGCAGCACAAUGCUAACGCAAGGCGAGCAAUCGACCGGAUGAUACUGUUCAAGCGUGGGGAGACGGCGUCGGUGCAGACGCAGCUGGAGGACAUUUGAUGAGUUGGUUUAAGCUUAAUCAAUAAAAUCACAUAAAAAUCA